CCUCAACGACUGGCCCUAAUCACCACAAUCUGUGGAGUCAGUCCGGUCCCUCAGCCGUGCCCGACGUCCUGUCCUCAUCAAGUGGGUUUGUCCACGGUAGUGGUCCUGCUCACGCGUCAUUCACGCGUCAGUCGCGUCCAUGGGCAGGAGAUGUGAGACCGUUAUCUGAAGUUGAUAGUUUUGGGGAUGAAGGUCCACCGAGAAAGCGUAUAAAUCGCGGAACACCCUCCGACGCCCUACCGCUCGGGAUGGUAACCCCUGGCUCUCCAGAUAUCCAACAUCCAGGGCAAAGGCGUAAACAGAAUGUAAACGCAGAAAGGCAGUCGCAUUCAUCGGAUGAAUCGAUGCUGGAUGUCAGGUCGUCGCUGGAAGGACCCUCAAAGCGGAUCGUCCGCGGCCAACGCCCAGACCACGCUGACUCAUAUGUGUUCACUGUAUUCCAGCUUUCGCACCCUGGUUAUGACCUAGCCACACUCAGGGCUGCUUGGAAUGAAGCUAAUGGGAAUGACAACAAGGCAUCUUUGCUCCUCUCUGAUUCUUCAUGGAAGCCCCAAUCCACACCGACUCCAUCUAAUUCUGCCACCGUCGCUAAAGCACCGUCUGUGCCAGCGCCAGAACCACCUACUGUCGAGACUACUGGGAGAGUGGAAGAGGUCGAUGAAGCCACCAAAACCCAGCGCGCUGCUCUCCGGGAGAAGGCCAAGAAAUCAUCCAUCUAUGCUAACAGAGCUACAUUAGAUACCACACGGUCCCCUACGGUUCCCAACAUCCCUAUACCCAGAGCUAUGUCGCCUGCAUCCCCAUCCACACCUGCCAUCAUGGCCCCACGCCGCAAGCGACCAAAGAAGUUGAUCCUCUCUGACGACGAGGCCGAAGCCAGUGAAAGCGAGGAGGAGCUUCCACGAACCCGUCAGAAUGGAGAAAUUUCUCGGGAGAGGGCAGCGUUUGAGUAUUUCAACCAGGCCAAUGUAGAUGCUAUUCAGGAAUUAACCGGUUGCACCCCAGAACAAGCGCAGAAGAUCAUCGAGCUUCGGCCUUACUCUUCAAUAGCAGACCUCAAUACCAAACUUAACCAAGGCAAGAAAAAGGCAGGACCAUCCGGAAUUAGCCCCCGUAUGUUCGAAGACUGCCAGGAGAUCCUUCAAGGCUAUGACACUGUCGAUGGCAUCCUUGAAGAGUGCGAGCAAAUUGGUUCGACUUUGCGCACUGCUAUCGCGACUUGGACUACGGAAGAUUUGUCAAGCAAAGGCAAAGGGAAGGAAGCGCCACUAGCCCCGGAUCAAAUCGAGGAAGGCUCGUUGAGUCUACGUGCGUUGAAAAUUUCAAACGAUGCUGCAUCAAAGGGCUUCAUCUCAUCUCAACCCUCGAUGAUUGCGGAAGGCAUAACGCUCAAGGACUAUCAGCUUCUUGGCAUCAAUUGGCUGUUUUUGCUCUAUCGGAAAAGACACAGUUGUAUUCUAGCCGACGAAAUGGGCCUCGGCAAGACCAUACAAGUCAUCAGUUUCUUUUCUCUGCUCAAGGAACGUGGAAACUUUGGCCCGCAUCUCGUCAUUGUGCCAUCGUCAACGCUGGAAAACUGGUGUCGAGAGUUUGCUCGAUUCGCGCCUUCAAUAUCAGUGCAGACUUUCUAUGCUGGCAAAGAUGAACGGGCAAGCUUGCGACAGAUGCUGAUAGACACACGGCGGGGAUCAAGCAAGAAUGGGACGGGGUGGGAGGUGCUAAUCACUACCUACAACCUUGCUCAAGGUGACGACAAAGACCGCAAGUUUUUCAGAAAAAUGGAGUGGGAUACUAUCGUUUUCGACGAGGGACAUGUCUUGAAGAACUUCCAGUCCCAGCGUUACCAGGCAUUACUCAAAUUCGAAGCAAAAUGGCGACUCCUUUUAACAGGCACUCCUUUGCAGAACAACCUUCAAGAGCUAGUGUCAUUGAUGAACUUCAUUCUUCCGGGUAUGCUCUCGGAAAAGCUGGAGACCUUGCGAGCGAUCUUCAAAACGAAGGGCGAUGCCAAGGUCACAUUGCUCUCUCAGGAGCGUAUCUCAAGAGCUAAGAAGAUGAUGACGCCGUUUGUCCUUCGACGGCGCAAGGAUCAGGUUCUAAAGGACCUUCCGCUAAAAACUGAGCGGAUAGAAUGGUGUGAUAUGACCGACAUACAGCGAUCGAUAUACCAUGACGCUCUGCAACGGUCGCGAAAAACAAUAUUGGAUGCAGAAGGUGCUACUCCCGACGCAUCAGGUACGACGACGCCAGUCACGAAUGGCAAAGCCGUCAAAAAGAAGACGAAAGCCAAUCCUCCAGCUUCACAUCCUAUGUUGUUUCGCAAGUUGUUCGAUGAUCAAGCGUUGACUUCAAUAGCAAAACAACUGCUCAAGGAACCGGAAUUCAAGAAGCGAGGCGCAGUUUUCGAGUAUAUCAAGGAGGAUAUGGAAGUCAUGACCGACGCAGAGCUUCAGUUUUUCUGCCAGGGCUAUAAGUCGACGCGAAAAUUUCUCCAGGAUCAAAACUGCUAUCUUAAUGCUGGAAAGAUAUCGGUUCUAUUGCGGUUGCUUGAGGACUAUAGGAAGGCGGAACGAAAGAUUCUAAUAUUCUCUCAGUUCACACAGAUACUAGACAUUCUUCAAGCGAUUUUGAAGCUGAAGGACAUUAAAUAUCUAAUUCUGACUGGCUCCACUGCCGUAGAUGUGCGACAAACGCUUGUGGACGAGUUCACCGAAGAUAUGUCGAUACCUGUGUUCCUCCUAUCAACGAAGGCGGGUGGUAUGGGUAUCAACUUGACAGCUGCAAGCGUCGUUGUCAUGUUUGACCAGGACUUUAAUCCUCACAAUGACCGGCAGGCACAAGACCGUGCUUAUCGCAUUGGCCAGAAGCGAGAUGUAGAUGUCGUGAAGCUUAUCAGUCGCGGGACGAUUGAAGAAGACAUGCUCCGACUUGGGGAGACUAAACUGGCCCUCGACGAAGCAGUAGCAGGAGAAAGUGAGGAAGCUGACGGCGACAAGGGAGCCAGCAGACAGGAAAAAGAGGUUAAGAAGUCACUCAUGGGCCAGUUGAGGAGGCAAUUGGAAAGGCAAGAUGGAGCUUCCACCAGACCUGGACAAAUACCCGCACAGUCCUCUUAAUAAUUAUCAAUAUGCUUUGUUGCCCUUGCAUUCGUUAGUGCUUUGCUUAUUGUUUACCAUCUUGAUUAUAGUAUGGUAUGUAGAUAUUGGUAGAGUUUUCGAGUAGUUAAUUGAAAACUGACAGUCCACGAACGAGCCGGUCGAUACUAGCACGAAAGUAAUCGUUGUCGAUGCCCUGAGAAC